AUAAACAUUAAUGAUCGUGCAUCAGUGAAUCAAUGAUAGUACUAAAUUUAGAAAAGCAAAAAAUAAAAUAAAAAGAAGGCGAGCAACGAGGAACACAACAUCACUAUCAAACAUUUCCAGCUCAGUUUCUUCUCUCGAUCUUAAAUAGCAGACUUCUGAAUCAUUCUUGACUCUCUACUCUUACUUUAGUUGCUAUACCUGACGUCAUACGACAUGGCCGAAGAGGAACCGAAGAAGGUGACGGAGACCGUUAACAACGUAUCAGAACCAUCUCCAUCACUACCAGCUCCAGCGGAGAAAGCUGUUGCUGCUCCACAAGAGAAGCCUGUGGCUCCACCUCCACCGGCAUCGGUGGAGGAGAAGCGAGAGGACUCCAAGGCUCUAGUUCCCAUCGUCGCAAAAGUAGAAGAGGAGAAAAAGGAAGGGUCAAUUAAUCGAGAUGCUGUCCUGGCUAGAGUUGAGACAGAGAAAAGGAUGUCACUUAUCAAAGCUUGGGAAGAGGCUGAGAAAUGCAAAGUGGAGAACAAAGCUGAGAAGAAACUUUCUUCAAUUGAGUCAUGGGAGAACAACAAAAAAGCAGCUGUAGAAGCUGAACUCAAGAAAAUAGAGGAACAAUUGGAGAAGAAGAAGGCAGAGUAUGUAGAGUUGAUGAAGAACAAAAUAGCUCAAAUUCACAAACAGGCAGAAGAGAAGAGAGCUAUGAUCGAAGCUAGACGUGGAGAAGAGGUUCUCAAGGCCGAGGAAUUAGCUGCCAAAUACCGUGCCUCUGGAACUGCUCCAAAAAAGCUAUUUGGAUUCAUGUGAUUUUAUCAUAUCGAUGGGAAACAUGUUUCCUGAUGUUGCUGAAAUGCUUUAUUUUCAUUUGUUUUCUAUUUUGGAAAAGAAACCAACAAGCAUUUCAUUCAUACGUUUCUAUGUAGUUUGCUUGAUGUGUGGGUCUAGUUUGCAACAUAGAAAUAUAUGACAUAAAUUUAAUAUAUACAGAAACAUCUUAUA